GCAACGUGAACAGACGUUGACAAGAUACUUGUGUGCUCCUUUGUUUCUCGAUAGAUCACGAACCAAAGAAGUUUGUAAAAAUGGGUAUCACCGGUUUGUUGCCACUUUUAGAAAAGGCUUCUAAACGUACCAAUAUCAGCGAAUUUUCUGGUGACACCGUGGCAAUCGAUACUUAUUGUUGGUUACACAAAGGUGUAUUUUCUUGUGCUGAGAAAGUGAUGAUGGGACAAACAACGAAUGCGUAUGUUCUGUAUUGUACAAAAUUUAUAAAUAUGCUCUUAAAACAUAAUAUAAAGCCAAUUUUAGUGUUUGAUGGUCGGCAUUUGCCUGCUAAAGAAAAAACAGAAAUUAAGAGACGGGAGGCUAGACAAAGGAAUCGCCGCAAAGCACUUGAGUUGAUAAAAAUGGGUCAGACUAAUGAAGGAAAGAAUUUGUUAAAACGAGCCAUAGAUAUUACUCAUGAAAUGGCAUUAGAAUUAAUUAAAUAUUGCCAGAGUGAGAAUAUUGAUUGCAUUGUAGCUCCUUACGAAGCUGAUGCACAAUUGGCAUAUUUAAAUAUCAGUAAUAUAGCAGAUGUUGUCAUUACAGAAGAUAGUGACUUGACGUUGUUUGGAUGCAAAAAAAUAUUCUUUAAAAUGGACAUCAAUGGAAAUGGAGUUUUGAUUGAACAAGACCGAUUACACCUGGCAAUGGAUAUGCGACCUGAACAAUUCAACAUGGAUGAACUACGUUAUAUUUGCAUUCUGUCUGGUUGCGAUUAUCUACCUUCUCUCCCUGGUAUUGGUUUGAAAAAGGCACAAAAGUUUAUCACAAGAAAUACAGAUCCUAAUAUUCACAAGGCGUUGGUACGCAUUGGAUCAGUUCUCAACAUGAAGUCGUUAGAAGUGACCCAGGAAUAUAGGGAUGCUUUUAUAUUAGCGGAUAUAACAUUUAAACAUCAGUUGGUAUUUUGUCCAUUACGAAGAAAACAAGUGCGCUUGAGUCCGCCAACAACUGAUAUUACUGAAGAUCAAUUACGAUAUGCCGGGCAAGAAUUAAACGCGGAUCUCGCUUUACAACUGGCUCUUGGCAAUUGCGAUCCGUGCACUUUGAAAAUGCUCCAUAAUUUUAAUCCAGAUAAGAUUGAAAAAAAAAGGAAGCGAAGUACUGAAACAGGACGAAUAACGAUAAAUCACACCAGCAUUUGGUCAGGCAACUAUGAAUUGAGAGAUAAAUCAAAAGGAAAGAAUCACACGUCGAUUUUUGGAAAUGCAAUAACCAACUCGUUUGUCAUUACUGAAAGAAAACAGGUUUUACAAAGGGACUCUUUAAAGGACGAGUGUGUCCCGUCAAAAUUGAAUAACAACCUGACUGCGCAGUGUGAUAAUGUUUUGGAGUGUCAAAAUGUUCAAGAAAAUAUCUUGGAUAUGUAUAAUUGUCAAGAUACGAAGUUAAUUGCCAGUCCUGAACAGAAAUCGGAGCAAAUUUUAAGCUUAGAAAAUAAUAUGUCACCGGAAUUAUCCAGGCAAAGAAAUCCGUUUGUUAAACGUGUAUCGGAACUCAUGACUUCACCCAGUGUUUUAUCUAGUGGAAAUAAUCGUCAAAGAGGAAGAAAUUUAAUGCGCAUCAGGCGAACUAUCAUAGAUGAGAAUACUAUAGUAGAAAGCAGAUACUUCUCGAAAAAGGAUAAUGAACAGCACGAUAUAUCCAAGUUAGGGAAUAACACCGAAGUUGCUAAUUCAGAAAGUAAUGUAGGAUGUAAUAUAAUUGCAGAUGCGGACGGCGAUAUACGUAAUGUACACAGUAGAACAAGUCACGAACAACUAAGCUCCAUAGAAAAUACUGUCUCAGCGGAAAAUAUGAAUGAUACACUCUUCACGAAUCAAAAUGAAUUUUUAACUAAUUUUUACGAAAAUGUUCAUGAAAGAUCAUAUUCUGACGACAGGAUAACUGAAAUAUCGUCAACGAUACAGUGUACAAGAAUUAAUGACAGUUAUGUCUCAGAUGAUUCAUUAGCAUUAAGUUCAAACGUAAAACAUAUCGAUCAUUUCAUUGAUCACGAGAAAACGAGUAAACUACGAGGAGAUUUGCGUAAAUGGUCAAAUAUGAAAAGUUAUCAGGUCACCCCGCGCAGAAGAAUAGAGAAUUCUAAAAAACAGAUCACACCGAAAUCGGCAUCACCUAAAGUUAAUUCAAUAACGAAACAAACACGUCCAACUAGACAGUUGUCAUCAGUUCCUAACCAGCAAAAUUUAUUAAGCAUGUACGGAUUUCAAAAAAGGUAUGGAAAAAUGUUUUUCUUUAAUUUCGUGUAUGUAACACAUAAGGAUAUAAUUUAUGCUAAAAAUUGUAACAAAUUUAUAGACUGUUCUCUUUUCAUACAGGUCGACUCUUAAAUAUUAAGUUUACGAAUUUAUUUAAUCCUGGACUAUAUGCG